CAGAUAAUUUUUGUCCACCUUGUAUAUGAACGGUGGAGUGAAAAAGUAACUGUGGAGGGGCAGCACAAGCUGUUGGACAACUUUCUCAAUUCAUUCAGAUGCGCAAACCUAUCAUUCUCUCGUAAUAUGUACAGAUAAAACACGUGGAUUAUGAAAUAUGUCUCCAAACAGUUUAUGUAGCACAAUAUAUUUGUUAUAUUAUAGUAAUAACGCAUAAUUAAGAAAGCUAAGGAGCAGUUACAGCUUUAUGAGAUUAAUAAGUGUCGAAGUUAUUACAAGUGAUAACAAUUUUAUUCAUAAAAGUACUGUAAUGAGGAGAAUAUAAAUAUUAUUCUUUCUAGCACAAAUCUUUUUAAUAUUUAUGCAAUUUUUCCAAAAUUUUGAGUAGAUGUAAUUAAUAAAUGUAUAUAACAUGAUAACUACAGAUUUAUUGAGGUUACUCUGAUAAUAAUAAAAGUGUGAAAACAAUGGCCAAGGUAUUGAACUUUUGUCGAACUAUUAGAAAUAACUGGAAGAAAUCUGUUGUACUAACAGCUGCCUUAUCAUAUGGAGUUUCAUAUAGUAAAGAUGUAUAUGACACAAAUCAAUUAAUGAGAGAAUAUUGUAAGAAUGUGUCACAGUAUGGUGAUACCUCACUUCCAACAAAUACAAAGCCUCGUCAUGUGACUGUUAUUUUAAAUCCAGUUGCCAAGAAAGGGAAAGCUAAAAAAUUAUUUAAGAAUUAUUGCGAGCCUCUUUUACACUUGGCUGGAAUAGCUGUGACCAUAGUACAAACUGAAUCAGAAAAUGCAGCACGAAAACUUAUUAUGGAUUUAGAUACACCUACUGAUGCCAUUAUUGUGGCAGGAGGGGAUGGUACUUUAUCUGAUGUUCUAACAGGAUUAGUCAGGAAAUAUGAUGCUAAUCUUAAUUCAGUUAAACAGUGUCCUAUUGGUAUUUUACCAUUAGGACAAACAAGCAAAGUUGCAAAAUCCUUAUAUCAUGAAUAUGAUAAAUUGUCCGAUGUAAAACAAAUGUUAGAAGCAACAAUAGCUAUUAUAAAUGAAAAGUAUAAAAUGAUGGAUUUAAUUGAAAUUGAACCUACUGAACAUGAUUCUGAAGAACCAGUAAAACCAAUCUAUGCUAUGGGAAUAAUUGAAUGGGGUGCUUGGAAAGAUGCACAAGCUUUAAGUAAGAAGUAUUGGUAUUGGGGAUUCUUAAAAAAAUAUGUAACUUAUAUAUUUAAUGGUUACAAACAUGAUCUAAACCAGUAUUGUGAUGCAAUAAUAAAAUAUACACCACCUUGUGAUGGUUGCAGUCACUGUAGUCAAACAAAUUUUUUAAGUGGAUCUAGUAAUAUGAAUAGGAGAUGGUGGCAUAUAUUUGCUCCAAGAACUACUAUGACAGAAGGUAGUGUUGAUUACAGUAAAAUAACAAAUGAAAACUGUGGCAUUUUCCAUGAGUUACCUGUGAAAACAAGUGAACUACAUAUAGAAGCAUCAGAUAUAGACAAGGAACAAGUGAAAUCACCAUCAUCUUUAAAAAUAGAAAUAGGUCCAAAGAAUAUUAAUUACUUCAGUUUUGUAACUGCAGGAUGGAGACAACAAAACUGUAAUAAAUUAUUGUGUGAGGAAGUUAUAGAAGCAAAGAAUAUUGAACUAACUCCGCAAAAGGAGAACAAAGAAUGUACAUUACAUAUUGAUAAUGAAGAAUAUGAACUCAAGUCAGUUAAAAUUAAUUUACUUCCACGAGCCGUGAAAGUAUUUCAAUCUGAAUUAAUUAGUUAAUAGUAUAUAUUUAUAUAUAAAUAAAAUAUAAAUAAAAUUAAAAAAUCAUUUACUGUA